AUGUCCCAUCUUUCAACCUCAUUUAUUAUAUCUUUCUUGUAUAUUCCGAAGUCUCUAUGCGUUCACACUAUCAUUUAAACAUUUCUUCAAACACUUUGCCUGCUUUCCCUUUUUGCCAUAUAUGAAGCAACAACUCCCUUCUUUCCCAGAAAAUUCUAGCUUUUUCCGUGAAUUGCUCGAGAAAACUCUCGUUCAGAUGAAUGAUAACGCAUCCAAUAAGCGUCGCAGAAGAAGAAAAGAUACUGUUCCAGAAACCCCCGCCAGCAAUCUGUACAAUAAUACUAGUGGUGGUGGAGGUGAAAAUGAUGAAUUUGGUGGGCUUGAAAAUCAAGGUGGUGGAGCUGUGAAAACAAAGGAGCUGAAAGAGAUAAUAACAUCGUUGUUGUUACUUGAGGAGCAAGAAAAGUCGGAAAAAGAGGAAUUUGUUAAGGAAGAGGAAGAAAAUAAGCUCUUAUUCGAGGCGAAUCACAAGAAAACAACUAAGGUCAUGUGGGAUUAUUAUUCAAACGUUCAGCAGCAUCAAAAUGAUUUAGAACAGUUAGAUGGUGCUCGAAAACGAAAAGGGCGAGGCAAUUCAGCUGCUGCUUGUGCCAUUGCUGCUGCUGCUGCUGAGGAUGAAAUCGUCUCGAGCAGUAAAGGGAAUAGUAAUAGUGAAAAGGGAGGGGCAGGGGCGCCCCAACGGCGGUUAUGGGUGAAGAAUAGAUCAAAAGCUUGGUGGGAUCAAUGUAACAGUGCUGAUUUCCCUGAAGAGGAGUUUAAAAAGGCGUUUCGAAUGGGGAAAGAUACAUUUGAGAUGAUAUGUAAUGAAUUGAGCUCUGUGGUUGCUAAAGAGAAUACUAUGUUAAGAGAUGCUGUGCCUGUGAAGCAGCGUGUCGCGGUUUGUAUAUGGAGAUUGGCCACUGGGGAGCCUCUUAGGUUGGUUUCGAAGAGGUUUGGAUUGGGUAUUUCGACCUGCCAUAAGCUCGUGUUAGAGGUUUGUACCGCGAUUAGGACUGUGUUGAUGCCUAAGUAUCUUCAAUGGCCUGAUGAAGAGAAAAUGAGGAAUGUAAAGGAUGAGUAUGAGGCUAUGUCGGGGAUCCCUAAUGUUGUGGGAUCAAUGUAUACUACUCAUAUACCUAUAAUUGCUCCUAAGAUUAGUGUCGCGGCUUAUUUUAAUAAGAGGCAUACAGAGAGGAAUCAGAAGACAUCGUAUUCAAUUACCGUCCAGGGCGUAGUUGAUCCUAGGGGGGUGUUUACGGAUGUUUGUAUUGGUUGGCCUGGUUCAAUGCCUGAUGAUCAGGUAUUGGAAAAAUCCGCCCUUUUCCAGAGGGCGAAUACAGGGUUAUUGAAUGGUGUUUGGAUUGUUGGCAGUUCUGGAUACCCUUUGAUGGAUUGGGUUUUAGUGCCUUAUACACAGCAGCAUCUGACUUGGACUCAGCAUGCUUUCAAUGAGAAGAUUGGAGAGGUUCAGAGGGUUGCAAAGGAGUCGUUUGUGAGGUUGAAAAGGCGAUGGUCUUGUCUGCAGAAGAGAACAGAGGUGAAACUUCAAGAUUUGCCAGUCGUGCUAGGGGCGUGCUGCGUGUUGCAUAAUAUAUGCGAGAUGAGGAAAGAGGAAAUGGAUCCAGAGCUCAAUUUCGAGCUCAUCGAUGAUGAGAUGGUUCCCGAGAUUCAAUUGAGAUCGACUAAUGCUAGGCUUGCAAGGGAUGCAAUUGCUCAUAAUCUUUUGCACCAUAACCAUGCUGGUACUUCUUUCCUGUCAUGAAAAAGGAGUUAACUUUGAUGUGUUCUUCUUGAUUUAUGUAAUUCUUUAAAGUUAUUACAUUUUACAUUUGUUUUUCUUAAAGUUGUAUCAUAUUUAUUCCAUCAAAGUUAGUCAAGGGGAUAGUCUAAUCUUCCCUUUGUGCAAAGUGAUGAAAAUGUUGUUUUCUAGGCCAUAGACAUAUACUGAUAUUGCAGACAAACAUUGUAUUUCAUACUUGAAUUAGCGAUUGAUAGAAGAAAUUGACUUCUGGCGAAAUACAAAUUCUUUCUUAACCAA